AAGACGUCAGCGAAGUCCAGAUUUGAUUGGAUAUCGAAACAAGUGUCCCGCCCUGUUAGGAAUUCCUCAGCAGGGCUCUCAUCCCAUUGGUCCGUCGGAUCAGAGUGCAGAGAACAACAAACAAGAUAGGGUGAAAACCGUCGGGAUGGAUGCAGCUACCUUGACAUACGACACACUUCGUUUUGGAGAGUUUGAAGAUUUUCCUGAGACCUCAGAGCCUGUGUGGAUCUUGGGGAAAGAGUACAAUGCACUCACAGAGAAAGAUGAUAUUUUAUCAGAUGUCACUUCACGACUGUGGUUCACAUACAGAAAAAACUUUCCACCAAUUGGGGGAACCGGACCAACCUCUGACACAGGAUGGGGUUGUAUGUUACGGUGCGGCCAGAUGAUCCUAGGCGAGGCUUUGAUGUGUAGACAUUUAGGUAGAGACUGGAGAUGGGCCAGAGGCCAGAAACAAAGAGAGGAGUACAUCAGUAUUCUCAACGCCUUCAUUGACAAAAAAGAUAGCUAUUAUUCCAUCCAUCAAAUUGCUCAAAUGGGAGUCGGGGAGGGAAAGCCCAUCGGUCAGUGGUAUGGACCAAACACAGUGGCCCAGGUUCUAAAGAAGCUGGCUGUGUUUGAUACAUGGAGCAGAUUAGUUGUACAUGUGGCGAUGGACAACACUGUGGUCAUCGAGGAGAUCAAGCGGCUUUGUAUGCCCUGGCUGGAUGCCGCGGGAGCCUGUAGUGAACCAGAGGGAGUGGGAGAGCUCAACGGCUGCUUAGAGGGAGCAUGUGCUCUGGCUGAAGAGGAGACGGCUCUCUGGAAACCUCUGGUUCUCCUCAUCCCCCUCAGGCUGGGCCUGAGUGAUAUAAACGAGGCCUACAUCGAAACGCUCAAGCAAUGCUUCAUGCUGCCUCAGUCCCUGGGUGUAAUUGGGGGAAAACCCAACAGUGCCCAUUACUUCAUUGGUUAUGUCGGAGAGGAACUCAUCUAUUUAGACCCACACACCACACAGCCUGCAGUGGAGCCGUGUGAAGACAGCCAGGUCCCUGACGAGACGUACCACUGUCAGCACCCACCGUGUCGCAUGCACAUCUGUGAGCUGGACCCUUCCAUCGCGGCGGGCUUCUUCUGCAGAACAGAGGACGAGUUUGAUGACUGGUGUAUGCGCAUAAGAAGGCUGUCCUGCAAAAGAGGCGGCCUGCCCAUGUUUGAACUAGUUGACAGUCAGCCCUCCCACAUGGUCAGCGUGGAUGCCCUUAACCUUACUCCUGAUUUCUCAGACUCGGACCGGUUGGAGCGUUUUUUUGAUUCGGAAGAUGAGGAGUUUGAGAUCCUUUCCCUAAGGGAAGCCUGAGGGGAUGAACAUUAACUGGAGACCUCUUGAGCCAGUCCAGCUCCAAUGGUGUAGUCAGUGUGUGUCACACAGCGUUCUUCUCAACAGCCUUUGAAUGCUCUCUGUAUCCAACUUUGAGACUGCCUGGUGGAAGCUGUAGCAGGAGCUCAGGAUAAAUUCUGUAUGCACAUCUUCACACACACACACGUGUUUCCAUUUGAGUCUUAACACUUUAAAUGUUUAUUCUGAAGUGAUAUGGUGCCUUUCCCUGACUCCAUAAGUAAAAAUGCCAUAACAGUUUUAUGUUGUAUAGAAACAUGACGGUUCGUGAUACCCAUGGCUUGCGCAGUUUGUCACUAAUAACUGAACUCUCUAACAGCCUGUAAUAAAACCAAAUCUAGUCAAAUCUGAAAACACGGUGUAUUAGUUGCUAAUGCAAUUACCCUUUGCCAAUACAUACACUAGUUAAUUUGAAGAUUAUUUAUUUAAUCCACAAUAUACAAAUAGGCUGGUUAAAGAACAAUACACAUGUAAGAGGAACAAGUAAAAUAAAAUCUGAAUCUGACAUACAA